GCUGGCACAUGUCUGGCCGGCACUUCCUUCCCUUGCCCACUCCAUUUGGUUCUUCUAGGUACCAAUUACCACCCUCACCAGCUCCCAGCCAUUGGAUCCCAGCAAUGCUACAUCCACCCACUUCUUUAUAACAGCCCUUCUCACUCCUGCCUCCUUCAGUUCAUGCCUCUCCCAGUUCACAUUUAAGGCCCUCUGAUCAGGGCCCUUGGUUGCUUGAUCAUUGUGAAAACGAAGGGAAGUAUUGGAUCAAUGGGGCUUGCCGCUAUUUUUCUGGCUUGCAGUUUUGUAGCCAUAUGGAUUUCUUCUCCAGCAAAUGCACAAAGUCCCCCAGCACCUUUACUCCCUCCAUCUCCAGCACCUGCCCCUGCCCCACACUUUGUAAACCUUGCUGACCUUCUCUCCGUCGCCGGUCCUUUCCAUACCUUCCUCAACUAUCUUGAACAAACUCAAGUCAUCCAAACCUUCCAAAACCAAGCUAACAACACUAAACAAGGCAUCACCAUCUUUGUUCCAAAGGACUCAGCCUUCUCAUCACUUAAAAAGACUACCUUCUCCAACCUUACCAAAGACCAACUUAAGACUCUCCUCCUUUACCAUGCCCUCCCCAAGUUCUACUCCCUAUCAGAAUUCAACAACCUUAGCGCUUUGAAUCCUGUUAGCACUUUUGCUGGUGGCGCGUACACUCUGAACCUUACUGAUAAUUCUGGACUUAUUCAUGUUGCUUCUACAUGGUCGAAUUCAAAGAUAAGUAGCAGUGUGUACACAACCCCACCUGUCGCAGUUUAUGAGGUGGACAAGGUUCUACUUCCAGUGGCAAUCUUUAGCACUAAUCCACCUCUAGCACCAGCUCCAGCCCCAGCUCCAGAAACUACGAAGCCAUCAGAUUUAGCUCCAUCGAGCCGGAGUGGAACUGGGUCUGCUCCCAAAUCUUCUGAGUCAUCGACCACUGAAAAUUCUGCAUACAGCAUUAGCAUCAACCUGUUCAGUUACUUUGUGAUGGCAAGCUCCAGUCUCUUGAUGCUUAUGCUGUGAGAGGAAUCCAGAUACACAAAUGCCUUGAGUUGUAGCAAUGCAGGACAUUCAGUGCUUUGGCUGUGGCUCUAUUUUCUUUCAUUCAUGUUCAUUCUUUUCAACAGAGUAGUUUUGUUGUUGAAAUGGGACUUCGGAUAUGUAAUAUGCUAAAGUUACCAUUGUUUCAUUAUAUUUUUUGUUUUUAUGUAAUGAUAUGGAAGACAUUUUCUUAAUUGCCUCUGAUUUGAAA